AUGCAGCAAGCGCCACGUUGGAAACCAGCGGCUAAUCUUGACCUUCUACUCGGCACGGGGCACCCGCCUGCGCGCAUCUCCAGAGAUCCCGAAACCUCUUUGGCCAACGCCGAUGGUGCUGGUGUGUGUGCACGCGACACGGUGUCCUUCAAGGACACAUUGUACUGCAACCGACAGGAUAGCGGCUAUGCGGGCACACGGCAACGGUUAGCGGAGUACUACCGACUCAUGUUCUCCAAGAUCCCGCUCUGGGAGGAGUCCGCGCUGGGUAGCGAGACAAAGGUGGAAGGGGUUGAAUCCACUGUAAUAAAGAGUGAAGUGGUAGACGAAGCAAUCUCCAUUCCAGGCAACAAUACCGAAAUGUCAUCGUUUCGUGCAUUGGGGAUCCUCACCCAGACGAGCAGCCCAAGUGCAAUCGGUGAAGAACUACUACUUCCGUGGGAAUUUUUUCCCAUCAUGGAUAUUGCAGAUGAUGAGGCGUACAUUGAGCCCAUUAAAGCCCUUACAAAGGAGGCGGCUCCUGCUAAUGGAUUGCUUCAUGUUGAAGCGGAAAAUGAAGGGGACGAGACCACGGCGGGGGACUCGUCGGCAGUGGCGGCCGCAGCUGCAGGAGUAGUGGCCCCUGACACCGCAUUCAACAGUCAUAAUGUACAGAGGCUUUCACUUUACACCCGUCUGGUGAAGCAAUUCACUGGCGUCUACCCUGGCAUGGCGGUUGGAAUAGUGGGUGAGCCCUUUAGGCGCAGCUCGUCUGGUGCCUUGACGGCUAUUCUCGUUCGUAAUUUUGUUCUGCCUGUGUAUCCAGAAUUUCCGUGGAGUGUUGAACGACCGUUGUCGUCUUUACCACUGCUUCCUUCGCCAAUUCCUACCCGUGUCCACUUCUGUAGCGGUCCGUUCCCUCGGCGUGACAUUCCUCCUAUAUUGAGUGCGGUGACACUGAACGCGUUGUUGCGAGGCGCCGAUCUGCUCAUUAUAGGUGGGCCACUUGUCAAGGAAUUUGAGGAGUUUGAAAAGGAUCUGAUGGCGACGGUGCAGACAACGUUUGAUGAACUUCUUGGUACCUACAUGGAUACGAUUGAGGAGACGAUGGAGAACUACUAUGCAGUCAACAGCAACCCACGCGUGCGACAUCGUCUCAAGGUUGUCUUGGUUGCUCACAAAGACGAUGUGACGCAGAUACCUGUCAUUCCAACGACCAUGUAUGGUCUACAGGAUGGGCAGGAUGUGUGGGUACGUUCGAAUCCGUGCCGCAUCGCAGUGAACGGCAUUCACUUUGGCGUAUGCAACGAAAACGUUGUGGGCGACAUGCGAGACCGAAUGGUGGAGCGGUGGCCAACGCAGACAGGCAGUCUUCGUCGCGUCGUGGAGGCACUCGUCCAGAGCCGUCUGUACGCUCCCAUUUAUGAGCUUCCAGCAGUGAAGCACGAUAUAAAGCACCUGAAUGCACUCCGCAUGGAUUACGUGCCGGAGGCCGGAGCCACGCUGGAAGACAGCAGCCAGCCAGCCGUGCUGACGUGGGAUAGUCUCAGCUCCUUCGUGCCGGCAAAGGAGGAACAGAUUGAUGAUGUGAAGCAGGAAACCAAACGCAUCAAGCGUGAUGACGGUGAGCCGUCUCACCUAUUGCAAUCAACGACUACUGAUGAAUCUUCAGCGGAGUGGUUUCCGCACGUAAUGUUUCUUCCCUCGACACGCCCCAGAUUCGUGGUGGUGACGCACCGCAGCGUGAGGGAUGCGGCGACCAGCACACGGAGGGAUGAGUGGGAGCUUGACGACACUACGGCCGCGUCGGGUGUGAUGGUGAUCAAUCAGGAGGUAUGGAACCGACGGUCCUCACAGAAGUUUGAGCUGCGUGUGGCGGAGGUGACGAUACCCAACAGUGAACAGGUCAUGCGUCACGGGGCGUCUGAGGCGAACGGUGUUGCCUGCGGCGUGAUUCACUUCAGCAGCGGUGUGGCAACAAGUUGA